AUGAGUUUUCUCAACGCUGAAUUCCCCGUUCCUGUGGCUCAGGGACAAACAGUGGACCAAAGGCCUGGGUUUCAAGCUGCUAAGUGCGUCCGGGCCCCCGGCUCUGCCAGCCACCAGUGCGCCCCUGUUCGCAUCCCUGUCUGCGCCCUCUGGGGCCCCGCCGCUGCCGCCCUGGCGCUCCCCGCGGGCCCCGGCGAGGCCGCCUGCGCCCUGUGCCAGAGCGCGCCCCGCGACCCGGUGCGCGCCGACUGCGGCCAUCGCUUUUGCCGGGCGUGCGUGGUGCGAUUCUGGGCUGAGGAAGACGGGCCCUUUCCGUGUCCCGAGUGCGCCGACGACUGCUGGCAGCGCGCCGUGGAGCCCGGCCGCCCGCCGCUCAGCCGCCGCCUGCUGGCGCUCGAGGAAGCAGCUGCGGCGCCCACGCGCGACGGCCCGGCCUCCGAGGCGGCGCUGCAGCUGCUGUGCCGCGCCGACGGGGGCCCGCUGUGCGCAGCUUGCCGCAUGGCCGCGGGGCCCGAGCCACCCGAGUGGGAGCCCCGCUGGAGGAAGGCGCUGCGCGGCAAGGAGAACAAGGGGUCUGUGGAGAUCAUGAAGAAAGAUCUGAAUGAUGCUCGGGAUCUCCAUGGCCAGGCUGAGUCCGCUGCUGCUGUGUGGAAGGGACAUGUAAUGGACCGAAGGAAGAAGGCUCUGACUGACUACAAGAAGCUUCGGGCCUUCUUUGCCGAGGAGGAGGGGCGAUUCCUACAGGAAGCAGAAAAAGAAGAAGGGUCCCUGGAGGACGAGGACGAGGACCCAGCAGAGAGGUUCAGGUCUCUGCUGCAGGCUGUGUCAGAGCUGGAGAGGAGGCACCGCAACCUGGGUCUCAAUAUGCUGCUCCAGUGAAGUGCUGCCUGCCCAGGCAGCAGGCAGAGGAAGCUGUUAACCAUCCCAGGCCUGAAACAGCUCCUCCAUCUGCCUCCUUCUGGACCCCUUGUCGUCCUUCAAGACAUCCCCAGCCCUGCGUGUCUUCUCCUAGGUGAAUAUGCGGACUGUGAACUCUAGGUGCCCACCUGGGGUUGCUGACGCCAGUACUCUGCAGAAGAGUGUUUGUGUUCCCUUUUCCUCUGGGUGUUCAUGUUUCCAGGCUGUAAACCUUUCACUGUAGCUAUCUGUAUUGGGGGUAAGUUAACCCAAGUGUAUCCUGACUCCAUAAAGUUCUUUUCGUUGCCCCAAGUUUCAUCAGAUUUUCUGAGGUCUCCGUGAGCUGUGGUGGUCAUCUUCAGGAGGCUCGGGCUGUGCAGACCUGCACCACCAGUCAUGCACGCGCAGGCCCACAGACCCACACCCAUGCAGGGCACAGCAGUUAAGGUGAAAUUUGAGGCGACUGUCAAGGGAAAGGAAUGCUCAGUGUGGCUGGGUGGCGAUGGUGGGCUGGUCAGACUUGUCACCGCUGCUUGAGGUCCUUGAACAGCGUAUGUUGUACAAACCUACACCUACUACGGCUCAGGGUCUGUCCGCAGAAACAUGAGAACCUUGGGGUGUUCAGGGACAGUGCGGCCCCUUGCUGGCAUGUCUUUCAGGCUGUAUCUCUUCUCUGCCUCUUAGUGUAUCUCGUCAACCUGUUCUCAUUUCUCUUCUCCAUCUUCCAUCCCUUGGAUGCCAGUGGUUUCCCAGGAAACUGUCUUAGCAUCACCCUCUAUCUGCCUUGUCUGCCCCUCACUGACCCAGGAAUUUUUCCUGGGGCAGCAGAAGCAAUGUCAGGGUCAGGCCAUCCCCAGACCUCACCUUGGUGUGUCAUUUUCCCUGUACCUUUGACUUCCCUUCCUGUUUCCUCUGCUGGAUGAAUUUAGCAAAACUCCUUGUUUAGUGUCAUUAUGUAGAUUCCUCCAAGUUAUAAAAACGUAGCAUGAAGUGACAAGAUCACGGGGUAUGAAAAUUGACACAGGCAUUUACGGUGGUGGUUGAGGCUAUGAGAUGUUCACACAAGUGCAGGUUUGUGAUCAGUGGCCCAUUUCUGGAUGAACCCUCUCAGACCUGGGAGUCACGAGCCUUUGGCACUGCUGGGCCUUUGUGUUUCUGUGAGCUUGGGGGUCGGUUGCCUGCCUAGCUGGUAGCCAGCACUCAGCCUACUGAAGAGGGCUUGCAGUAGCCAGUUUGCUUGACGUCCCUCCUCAUCUAUAUGCUCCCCAUACCCUGGCCAGUCUCUGAGGAAGCACUGUGUCUGCAUGGUGCCAUGUUGGAGGCUUCUGUGGGUUGGACUUUUCUCUGAUGAGCCCUCCACCUCCUGCUUCUGCUGAGUUACAUUGGGGUGCUGCCCCAGUUUCCCAUGACUGGAGAUCCAGCUGCCUGUUUUUCUCCUCUACAGGGAUCUGCUGGGAGGCCUGCCUGUUUUCCUUGAAGUAGACUACUUCAAGACUGAUGUGCUAUACAGGGCUGGUGUGCAGUCCAGAAAAGUGGUAGCCCCUGGGUUCCCAGUGCUGGGGAGAGAUAGGAGGUCCCAAUACCAGCAUGGAUCCAGUUUCUUUGUAACGGUGUGUGGAUAGAAUUCUCAGCCCGUCAGUCGGCCACCUCUCCCUUUCUCUCCAUAAUAUCUACAUAAGAAUGACAAGCAGAGGGUGGGAAAAGCUGCCUGGUUUUGAAUAGGAGACACGUUCAUCCUCUUGGCAAGCUAUAGGACCCUGGCCAAAUAACCCUGCAGCAUAGAUGGCCGUUGAUUCUGGUGAGAUUUGACUUCUUGCUUAGCAGUUCUUCUGAAUGUCCAAAGCUCUGUGUUGGUUGCUGGACUGUACAGCCAACCCCUGCCAUUUUCCUCACUGAAGUGAGCCCUCACCCUCUGCUCACUGGUCAAAGUGGCCUCUCUGCUGUGGGUCCUGUGUUCUCUGUGGAAUAAUGUUCCUUUUCCAGACAUCUCGAUGGCUAGUCCUCGCAUCUUCAAAUCUCUGCUGAAAUGGUAUUUCUAGAAACCUCUGACAGUAGAGGAUCUUUGCAUGGUCCUGCCCUUGAGGACAUAGUUGAGCAGGGUCCCAGUGAAUGUAUGGCUUUUCCUCAACCCAGGUUCAUUUGACUGGUUCAGGACCAUGUCAGGCUCUGCAUGUCUAAGGUCAGUGCAGAGGCAUGAGUGAAGGGAAACCCAGGCUAGGUGGACAAGAAGAGUUUAGUCUGCUAAACGGUAGGGAGCACAUUUCAAAUAAAUUCGUUUAUUCAUUCAA